AUGGGAACAGAAUUCGAAAGGGAGAUUGACAACAUACUGAGUGAGGAGGUCGCAGAGUUACCAAGUAAGAAGCCAAGACUUACCGCUAAGAAACCAAAGGCCGCCGCAGAGAGGUCGCAAACUGAGAACAAAAGGGAGAAGCUUAUCGAACUGUCAAGGGAUGGUAUUGUGGAGAAGUCUGUAAGUUUCAUAAGAAAGUCUAAUAAAGAUGUGGUCGAUAGACUAUGCGAUGAACAUGAGAAUCAAAGGAUGACGUUUGCUAGUGACUUCUUUUAAUUCCACACUUAUUAUUUCAAAGUUUGCUUCGGCACUUGGUAGCUUCAAUGCAGUGGAAUCAGCUGACGCACUAUCUGAUGAACUACUUAGUGAUAAACUUCUUAAGGAAGACGUAUCACAUUUAACUAGAAGUAUAUCCCCUAACAUUCCAUUCAUAGGGCUCAUAUCAGGUGGAUGUACAACCCCAAGCAUGUAG